UUAGUGGUUGUCAUGACAUUUGAUCGGGUAUUUCAGUUGUUUAGCUAGAUUUACAGUAACGUCUUUUUGGAAUAACAGUAGCCUAGCUACCCAGUUUUCCUCUGCAUCCAGUGACGCACUGCACAGCUAGCUUGAGCUGGCACCACAUCCCCCGUCGGUGAGCUGCUAGUUGGUAGCUACUAGCCAUUCCGCUCUUGCCUGGGCUAGAUUGAGCCAAUUGUUGGAAAAAGACAACGUGUGGUUGUUUUUCAAAAAGGCUCCUUACCAGUCUACCGACCCCCACCCUUUCUGGCCAACGAUUCAACCGCACCACCAGGACCCAGUUACCCCUGUCCAGCUGGAGGAGGACCUCCACCACCUCUACAGUCCAGCCAGGCUGGUCAGUCCACAGCGGUCAGCGGGGGAGUAUCAGGCCAGCAGCCAAGCUGGAGGGAGCCGGAGGAGGGGAGCUGGAGCCGCAGCAGAGGCCCUCAGGGGCCGAGGGUCCGGGCUUCAUGUUGAGGUAUAGAGGCUGUGGUACCGCUGCUACAGAUGCUGAUGGCACCACUACGGAGCAGAUGGAUCCGAGAGAGCAGCAGGAGGAGGAGGAUGAUGUCAUCUCAGACGGACACACGCACAACGGUGUAACUCUGAGGAGACCCAAUGCGCUGGAGUUGCAGAAAGUGACUGAUGGAGAGGAGGAGGAGAGAGAUGGAGGGAUGGACUCUACCUCUGCAGGGGAGGAGGACAUGAAGACUUCAGACGAGGGCUUCAUGGGCAUGACGCCUCUACUACAAGCCCACCACGCCAUGGAGAAGAUGGAGGAGUUUGUUCACAAGGUGUGGGAAGGCCGGUGGCGCGUCAUUCCUCAUGACGUGCUGCCUGAGUGGCUGAAGGAUAACGAGUAUCUCCGCCACGGGCACCGGCCGCCCAUGCCCUCCUUCAGGGCCUGCUUCAAGAGCAUCUUCAGGAUCCACACUGAGACUGGCAACAUCUGGACUCACCUGCUGGGCUGUCUGUUCUUCCUGUGCCUGGGCAUCAUGUAUAUGUUUCGUUCCAACAUGUACUUUGCCGCCCCGUUCCAGGAGAAGAUAGUGAUCGGUAUCUUCUUCAUCGGGGCCAUCCUGUGUCUGUCCUUCUCCUGGCUCUUCCACACCGUCUACUGCCACUCUGAGGGCGUCUCUCGUGUCUUCUCCAAACUGGACUACUCUGGCAUAGCCUUCCUGAUCAUGGGCUCCUUUGUUCCAUGGCUCUACUACUCGUUCUACUGCUCUCCCAACCCCAGGUUAAUCUACCUGGUAGUAGUCUGUAUACUGGGAGUCUCUGCCAUCGUCGUCUCACAGUGUGACUUCUUCGCGAAGCCACAGUACCGCGGUGUCAGAGCAGGAGUGUUUGUAGGUCUGGGUCUGAGCGGUGUGGUCCCCACCCUGCACUUUGUCAUCACUGAGGGCUUGCUGAGAGCCACUACUAUGGGUCAGAUGGGCUGGCUCCUCCUCAUGGCUACGCUCUACAUCUCUGGAGCCUGUAUCUACGCAGCCCGCAUCCCAGAGAGGUUCUUCCCCGGGAAAUGUGACAUCUGGUUCCACUCUCAUCAGUUGUUCCACGUCCUGGUGGUGGCAGGAGCGUUCGUCCAUUUCCACGGCGUGUCCAACCUGCAGGCCUUCCGCUACGCUGCCGGGGCGGGCUGUGAAGAGGACAAUGCCCUGUGAAGAUCCUGCACGUCGUCACGUCAACACACCACCAGGGGGAGACACAUACAUAUAUACACACACACACACACACACACACACACACACACACAUACGCAUAACAGACACGGGAGCCUGAUGGAGGCUCAUACACACACGGACUCCCCAGUAGCCCCGUCUCUCUCUGUACAUGUCUACAGAAACCCCUUAGAGGACACGGGAAAAAAGACAAGGUUUUCUUUUCAGUUGGAAAAAAAUGACCUACGUCUCGUUUCUUUUUGUUCAUCUCCAUCUUGUUUUCAAUAACAGCAUCUCGGGUUUUGGACAUUUGAGACGGGUCCCCCCCCCCCCCCCCCCCCCACUCAAAAAAAAAAAGUUGUGUGAAUUUUGAGUAAUCUGUUGAAGUGGUUGUUCUGAUUAUCAUCAUUCUAAACGUUGUGCUCACCGUACAAAGCAACAAAAAAAUACAAUGUGGGGGUUUCUCAAUGCUCUAGUGGUGGGGGUUUCUCCAUGCUCUAGUGGUGGGGGUUUCUCAAUACUAUAGCGGUGGGGGUUUCUCAAUGCUAUAGUGGUGGGGGUUUCUCAAUGCUCUAGUGGUGGGGGUUUCUCAAUGCUCUAGUGGUGGGGGUUUCUCAAUACUAUAGUGGUGGGGGUUUCUCAAUGCUCUAGUGGUGGGGGUCUCUCAAUGCUCUAGUGGUGGGGGUUUCUCAAUGCUCUAGUGGUGGGGGUUUCUCAAUGCUCUAGUGGUGGGAAGAAAAGCUUGAAAGAAAGAAAUGUAAUUAUGUGUGAAGUGUUUUUUUUCUUCCAUGAAAAGGGUGGUUGUGGCGUGGGGGGGGACGGGCAGGCUCGCCGCUUUUCAACUUUUUUCAUGUAAAUAAGAUUUCUAAAUUCGGGUUAUAUAGAUUUGUAUUCAAUAUAUAUAAUAAUAAUAAUUUAAAAAAACAUUAAAUAAAUACAAAAAAUGUUAAGAUAUUGAAUUUCAAAAAAAUCGACAAAGAUGAUGAGGCAACAACCAAGAAAACACCAUUUGUGUAUAAACCAAUCAUUUGGCCAGAGGGGGGAAGUAAAGUGGGGAAUAUAGGAGAAGCACACACUGUUGAAGGGAGCGAUGGCACAAAGAGUUGAGACGUGAAGGGGAGAGCCAACUUCACCACGAGGGAGGAGGCUCAGCAAGGGUUAAGCCCUGGGUGGAGAUGUGACCUGUGACUGGCUGAAGUUGAGCCCCAGCUGACCAAUCAGGUGCUGAAUUCUGUUCAUAUUCUUUUCAACAGUAGUGCACUACAUGAGGAAUAGGGUGCCGUUAUGUCUUGACGUGUAGCUAGUAGCUACUUCAUCUCAUUCCAUUAGGCUGUGACAUCUAGUGUGUCACAUCUAGUGUGUCAUCCCAGCAGUCAACACGACCCUUCCUUCCCUAACAUUAGAAACCAACGUUGGUGCUCGUCCAAAAUGGCACACUAUCCCCUUUUUAUAUAGUGCACUACCACUUGACCAGAGCCCAACGUAAGUCAAUAGUAGUACAACGAUAUAUAAGGGAACAGGGUUCCAUUCCUGAUGCAUUUCAGUUCCUCAGCCCCCUCAGUGAAAGGUUGUCCGUUUCUAUCUCCUCGCCAAGUUGAGCCUCUCUUUCUGCUCUGGUAUAAAGUGACUUAGUACUACGUUUUGUGUGAAGUGUGUGUGAUUCAUUGACUUUAAGAUUAUGGCCCAAAGGGCACCCUAUUCCCUAUUUAGUGCACUACUUUUGACCAGAUAGUGACCUAUAUAGGGAAUAGUGUGCCAUUUGGGACCCGGAAAUAAAAACAAGAUCAAUAUUUCAGAACAAAAUAUGCAUCUCUAAAUGUGUUUUUUAUUUGAUUUUUGAAUGCUAUUAUUUUGUCUAUUAUUCAUUAUCAUCACAGGCUUUAAGUUGGGGGUUUUUCUUGAUCCAAUACCGUUGUGAUUGUGUCCUGUUUUUGGGGGGAGGUUUUUUAUUCUCUUUUUAAAGGGUGUGUAUGUGAUUUGAAAAGAUUGAAACAUGUAAUAGCAGAUUCCCUCAGAGCGGUUUCACAACACUCUGGGUGUCUGUUUAGAGCUUUGUGUAUUAGGGCCUGAUUCAAUCCAUUGCUGAAGUUCAGCGUUUAUAACACGAUUUGUCAUUUAAAAGCAAUCGUUUCGCUGAGACUGCAUUCGUGGUAAACGCUGCGUGAGUCGGCUCAGUGGGAGGUGAGCUUCGGCGGUACGGAUUGAAUUGAGUCCUUUUAGUUAUUCAUAUGUAUCAGAUCUACUUUCUAGACGUGUAUCUACGCCACGGUGCACAGCUGUGCUGAGGCUGAGAGCCUUCUCUCUCCACUGCAGAUUCAUCCGCCACACACCUGCUCAGUCGUGCUUCUGUACCUGUCGCUCCAGUUGAAACACUAACAGACAUGUAUUCAUUGUGACGAUAUACAGGCCUUGAUCUCAGUUCCACUGGAGAACAGGGGUCCCACCUAGCUUGGUUGCCAGGUCCAGUAUGUGCUUUAGUAAAAUAAUGCCAUGACGUUGAUAGUCGGAAGUGUUGCUUAAGCCUGUACAGAUCUGGCAACUAGUCGAGACCAGACAGUGGAGUCGGACCCUUAAACCCUCCAUAUAACUCUGUUGUAGAGGAGUGUGUUUGAUCAUCGGAGUUCAACAUAAUCAGGAGGCAGUUUCCACUCUUGACUCUUUUAGGAGGAAGGAGUUCUUCUCCCUUUCUGUCCUUCUCUUGGGUUUGGGUCCUUGAUAGCCUGGUCCCAGAUGUGUUUGUGCUGUCUUGCCCAACUCAUUGUCAGACUGUGACCGUCGGAGUUGGCUCGACGGCACAAAGAGAUCUGAGACCAGGCUAGGAGGUCCUUAAUGCUCUUGUGUUGAGACGAUAUAGACGUCUUCUCAAUCUUCAGACCCAGAAUUACAAGGCCUUUUGGUUUCAUUGUGACAUUUCAACAGAAAAAAAGUCUUUUUUUUUUUUAGUUUUAAAAAUUAAUUUAUUUCUUGUUUCUUUGGGGAAGUGCAUAUUGUUUGUUAAAAACACGUCCAGUGGUGACCGUGUGAUUUGCAAUAGGUCUUUAUAUCUGCUGUAAUUGUUCUAAUAAAAAGGGUUUGGAUUCUGGGAAA